AUUGUUUACUGCUAUAGAUUUAACCUGGUGUAUAAACAUUUAAUGUUUAAAUUAUGCGUGCACUCUUUGAGAACACUCCCGCCUUUCAAUAAACAUUGACGGGCGAUCGUGUGUGCGCUAUGCGUUUCAAAAUCGCAAAUGAAUUUCAGUUUUACUUCUAAGCCUGAUUAGAUUUGUUCUAAGGUGCAAUAGGAAAAUCAUUUGUGAUUAUUUUGAUAAAAUGACCAAAAGAGGAUUUUUCAACAAUAUAAAACCAAAAAACAAAUUAUUUUUUGGAGUGUUAUUAAUAUUCCUAUCGUAUCUAAUUAAAUUUGGCACUGAAUCCUUAAUAAAUUUAAUAAUACGAUCACAAUUGGAAUUUGUCGAGGGUUCAUAUCAUUUUCGAAUGUGGCGCGCCAAUGAAUAUCCCUACGAGGUGGAAUUUUACUUCUUUAACUGGACCAACAGCGACCGGGUGCGUGAUCCUAAUAUUAAACCACGUUUUGAGGAAAUAGGACCCUACCGUUUUGAAUUGUACAUCAACCGUACAGAUAUACGCAUUCAUCACGAAAACUCGAGCGUUACAUAUGCGUUUACUAAACGUUUUGUGCACAUUCCCAACAUGGCGGAUAGAAGUUUGGAUGAUGUUAUUAUUACUUUGAAUCCAAUUGCUAAUGCACUUGCAUAUCAAGCACGUCAAUGGUCGGCGUUUCUGAAAUUUGGGGCUAGUUUAGCUUUAAGAGCAACGAAAAGUGAAUUGUUUGUGAAGAAAACUGUACAGGAACUUUUAUUUGAAGGAUAUGAUGAUCCAUUGUUGGAUUUUGUACAAAAAAUUCCUAAUUUUGCUACACAAGGACUGGGAAUGGAGUUGAAAGAUAAAUUUGGAUAUUUCUAUAAGAGAAAUUAUACAGAUUUAUACUUUGGACCUUACAACGUGCACGUAAAUGUUGAUGAAUUUUACGGUAAUAUUCACACUAUAAAAAAUUCAACAACAACACCGUAUUUUCCGGGUACAUGUGGUCGAGUCCAUGGUAAAUUAGGAGAGUUCGCAGAUCCUGGCCAUGACCAAACUCAACCAAUGGUGGUCUACGUACACGACUUAAAUGUCUUUACAAAUAAUUAUUUUCUAGAAGAAAGAAUGUUUAAUGGAGUUGUUGGCAGUGUAUACGCACCCAAGGACUACAUAUUUGACAAUGGAACAUAUGACAAAUCAAACGAAUGUUUUUGUUUCGGGGAAUGUGUACCAGUGGGAAUGCUAAACAGCUCAGCGACUUUUGCUCAUGCACCGAUUUUCAUGUCUUUGCCACAUUUUUUACUUGCCGAUCCUGUGUAUCAAAAUGGCGUCGAUAUCGUUUAUCGAGAUAAUAGUUCAUUAAUGCCAUACAUUGCAGUUGAACAAACAACUGGUUUAUUAUUAGAUGGUUCUUUAAAUAUUCAACUAAACAUGCUUCUGCAGCCUGUUAAAGGCUUAGGCUUGUUUUCGGAUGUUCCACGAGUUUUCAUGCCUGUAUUCUCCAUGAAACAGCACGUGGUGACACGCGGCGGGUAUUUAGACUUGCUGGUCGUGUUGCAAAAAGUUCCAAUCGUGAUUAAUUGCCUCAGCUUUUUAACACUCGCUGCAGGAGUGGGAUUACUCCUCUUUGUUCGAAUUUCUCUUAAUGACAACCUAUACAGGGAGUACCGACAAGUUCAAACCAAGUAAUUAUUAAUUUAGAAUUAAAAUUGUAAAAAUAUAUAAGUUAUGUUUGAAUAAAAUGCAAAUCAUCAUGAAUGAA